ACAUUACCCACAAUGCUAAUGUAAGUCGCCAUUUUGGAGUUUGAUGCUGGUUGCAUACAAAGACGUCUGACGUUUGAGCAGAAAAGAUGGCUGAAACAUAUAACAACUAUCAACCAGAAUACAGCUUUGACAACAGACAGUAUGAAGAUGGUCAAAUAGAUGGUCAAAUAGACAGCCAAACUCAAGUGGGAGACUUUGAGAAUGGUGUAGACAUUAGGGGAAUGGACUAUGCUAGAGAUACAAGAGGAAGGGAACUUGACUACAGUCGAGAUGGUGGCCGAGGCAGUGAUUAUGGCUAUGAUGGUGGAAGAGGGGGAGGGGAUCGAGGUGGAGGCUAUGCCAGGGAUGGAAUCAGGGGUGAUGACAGCAACAGAUUCAGUGAAGGCUAUGAGGAAAACAGAGGUUCCAGCAGAGACCGUGAAAGAGAAAGAGACCGAUCAAGACGAGAUAGAGAUGGACGUCGUGAGCGAAGACAUCCAAGAGAUCGUGACCAUGAAAGAAGUCGAGAACGCAGAGAACGCCGUGAAAGAGACAGAAGUCCAUCAAGCAGAUAUGAUGACAGUUACAGCUUGGAUGGCAGUGAAGGGGAUAGCCAGAGCUACCGUGACAGGGAACGUGAUGCAAGGGAAAUGCGAGAGGACCGUGGCGGGGAAAAGUGGAUGACGGACACUCCCACUAACACAGUGCUGCUGCGUGGACUACCACCACAGGUGGAUGAGAAAGAUAUUCGAGCGGAGUUGAUGAUGUUUGGUGCCCCUGUUAAGGAUGUGAGACUAAUGCGUAGAAGCACAGGUGCCUCCCGUGGCUUUGCAUUUGUGGAGUUUCAGAACGUUACAGACGCCCAACGUUGGAUGGAUCAGAAACAGGGUGCGCUCAACAUGCUGAAUCAGUACCAAGUGAGCAUGCACUACAGUACGCCACGAGUUGGCCCAGAGAAGUUUGUGCAACAUAAAACAGACUGGACCUGUAGCAAGUGUGGUGUUCAUAAUUUCAAGAGAAGAGAUUACUGUUUCAAGUGCAAUAUUUCCAGAGAUGAAUCUGACAAAACAAAAGAUGGAGAUGGCUUUGACCAAGUAGGAACUAAUCCAUGCAAUACUCUUAUAUUUCGAGGUCUUGAUGCACUUACAACAGAAGAGUCCCUCGAUGUAGCAUUACGAUUGCAAACAACUCUCCAGUCUAAGAAUGUGCGGAUCAUUCGAGACCCAGUCACAAACACAUCCAGGGGGUAUGGGUUCUGUGAGAUGAAUUCCAUUCAGGAAUCCACUCAAGUUAUAGACUUCCUUACACGGAACAACGUUCCAUUGGAAGUAGAUGGCAAACAAGUUCUCACAUCCUAUGCAAAGAACACUUUCUCCACAGUAAUGGCAACAUUAAACAGUACCUCUCAAAAUCCAGCCUGGGACUACAGCAGUCAGCAAGUAGCAGGAGCCGGGCAACCAGGGAGCGAGUACUACAACCAGCUGUACCAGGCCGGAGUCACAACCACCACAUCCCCCACAACCACAGCCCUCACUUCAGGAACCCCCGGGGAGUAUGAUCAAACCUACUACGACCAGGCAACAGGACAGUACUAUGACAGCCAGAGCUAUGAGUACUCCCAUUAUUACAGUCAGUAUGGACAGUCUGGCUCGCAUCCAUUGCAGACGGAUUCUACCAAUGCUGCAGCUGCUGUUGCUCAGGCUGCUAUUGCCCAAGCCAAUGCUGCCAAGAACUACAACAAGCAGACACCAGGUGCUAAGAAGGCCGAGCCAGUAGUUGAACAGGCCGCUGCCCAGCCUGCUGGGAACAAAGAAGUACUUGCAUAUCCAGCUCCCGAUGUAUCAACUUACCAGUUCGAUAAGUCCUCAGGAUACUACUAUGAUCCAUCAACAGGGCUCUACUAUGAUGCCAAUUCACAGGUACCCUGCCCAGUAAGCAGCUGCAGUGUUGAACUUGUAUGGGUAGAACUGAGGGACCAUUGGUCAAGCGUCCACAAGCCCACCAUCACUACAUACAGCUGUCCUCACCCCAAGUGUCAGUUUCAGCGAUCCAAAAAGGCCUACCCUUCCAAACAUGCUUUCACAGCACACAUCUGUAAAGUCCACGGGAUCAAGGGGGAGCAACAUGAUCUGCUGCUGAAACUGUCGAAAUCUGAGACUAGGGAGAACAAGGCCUAUGUAGAUCCUGGAAAUACAGUGUGUCCUCAGCCAGUGAAGGUACAAGCUCCUGAGACCCAAGUGAAAGGCGAUGCUGGGGUAAAAGGAAAACCACCAGCCAUGGUUGAAAGCACACCAGUAUUUUCAGGACAAACAAAGCGGAAGAAGCACAGCAACCCCAAUUUAAUCCAAGUCAACACUGUUUAUAUUCCACCACAACCAGUCAAACAUGUAAUGGGAAACAAACCUAAGGUUUCAACAACCAAGUCAGCAAAUCGACCAGCAACUCAACAAGCAACUCGACCAACAACUCGACCAGCAACUCAACAACCAAUUCGACCAGCAACUCAACAACCAACUCGACCAGCAACUCAACAACCAACUCGACCAGCAACUCAACAACCAAUUCGACCAGCAACUCAACAACCAACUCGACCAGCAACUCAACAACCAACUCGACCAGCAACUCAACGAACACCUCAAGCAAAACCUCAAUCACCACCUCAAGCAGCAACUCAGCCAGCAACUCAGCCAGCAACUCAACCAGAAACUCCACCAGAAACUCAAGAAGCAACUCCACCAGCAACUCCACCAGCAAUUCAACAAGGAACUCAACAAGGAACUCAACCCUCAUCUAAUGCUGUGUGGCAUUCCUUUAGAAAACGGGGAAUUUGCCCAGUACAAAAAUGUGUCUAUGCUAUCACAAGUCAGGAUGCCUUCAGGAGACACUGGGUUGAGAAACAUCAGGAAAUGCAUCAAGUGUACAAGUGUUCACAGUGCAGCAGUACUUAUAAUAAUCUACUUGUUAUCAAGCAACACAUGACAGAGCAGCACGAGUAUAAAAUAAAACAACUAGAAACCAUGGACCUCACAAUGCACCAAGUUCCAAACAAUAUAUUCAUGAAUCCAGGUUCUUAUACUCUGGAGAUGUUGGGUUUAGAAUCUUGGAGAGAGACGGCUGCAACUGAGAAAAGUUCAAGUGUCAUUGACAAGCUUCCCUCAAACCGUGACGAGGAUGCUUCAAAAGCAAGUGUGUCUGAAAAUGUAGUUACUGAUGCUAGGCAAUUUAAGACUGCCCAGAGUAGCACUGUUGCUGGAACUUCGGAGAUGACAGGGAAAAGUUUUCCGGAGACUGAAGCAGUUUCUAAUGAGUCUUCUAUUCACCUACGGAAACAGUCAAUAUUGGAAAUGGAAAAGUGCCCAAUACCAAACUGCAACUAUGUUGUCACUACACAGAAGGCUUAUAGGGAUCAUUGGAAUAAUAUACACACCUUUAAAAAAUUAAUGUAUAAUUGCCCUGAUUGCAUGGAGAUUGUACUUGAUCAAAAUGUUCUCAAACUACAUAUGAAAAAAGAGCACAAUUACACACAAUAUAUUAUUGAUGGUAUGUGUUUAGAAACUCAAAGUAUUCCAAACAAACAGUUCAUAGAUCCAGGUCCUUUCACGCAAGAAAUCUUAGGUUUGGACAAGUUUGAAAAGACUGAUAUUACAGACGUCAUUUCUGCUCAUGUUAAAGAAGCUGAAAGCGAUUUGACUAAAAGUGAGGCAUGUUCCUCAAGCAGUGCCACAAAGUCAGCGAACAGAUCAAGUGUUUUGUCUGUCACAAAGGGUGCUUGUGUUGUCACGAGUUCCUUGGAGAAGGAAGAUAAUAGUGCAUUAAUCAUUGAUCCGAAGAUAACAGGAAAUCAGGAAAUGUCUGUUUUAGUUGGUCAACAGUCAUACAGGCAGCCAACACAAAGUCGGAAAACAUCUGUGUUAGUUGGUCGGCAGCCAUGCAGGAAGCCAAGUGUUGAUUCACAGGGAAAGAAGAAGCUGAAAACAGGUGUAUUAACUAAGAUUGUCACUCCGCCUAGCACCCAACCAAGCAUUGGUCCCAAGGCAAAUCAGAAAACAGCAGUAAUAACAAAGGAUGUCACUAAAUCUAGCAGUCAACGAAGCAUUGGUCCCAAGGAGAAGGGGACUAAGAAAAGGACUGUUUUGAGUGGACAGACAUCCAGGCAGUCAAGACGAAGCAGUAAGGUGAAGGAAGCUGGGAAAGCGCUAGCAGCCACUGAAGAUGAUUACUCCAGUGGUGAGCCAAAAGGUAGCAGAAAAAGCCGGGCACCUAAACGUCCACGGAUCAUUGAGGUUGCUCAUCCAUCAAUACGGCUUCCAAGAAUGGGGAGGACAGAGAAAGAACUGACAUGUUUUUUGUCCUGGACGGAUGAAUACCUAAUUCUUCUUGAGCAGGCAAAUGAAAAGGCAUCAAGACAGCUCAUGGAACUAGAAAAAAAGGAGUAGAUAACUGACAGAUGCCAUGGUAUCACCAUUAACAUAUCAAACUGACUUAUAAGGAAUACUAGCUUAUAGCAGAGAUGUCAAACUUGUGAAUUCAGAGGUGCAUGGAUUAAGAAACCAGACACUGUUUCUGAUCAUCAGAUCAGUCCGUAGAUCACUGGUUGUUGAGUUCACAUGUUUAGUUUUGGUCAUGAACAUUAGUGACAUGACGUGGAUGUGACUGCAAUGACUAGAUUUGAACCUGUAACAUUUGCACUUGUUGAAAUGACAGUUCUGAUUUAUAUGACUUGAUUAGUUGUCUCAAUAUAGAGUGCUAUUUGAUGCUAUUUUUUUUAAGAAUGAUAUCUGCCAAGCAGUGAAAGAAAAUGUAUGAAACAUUUAUUAUAACUGUGAUCGAGAUGAUUGUGUGUUGAAAGGGUCAAAGUUGAUAUGACUGGAUGUUACAACAAGUUGUUACUGAAAAGGAUUAUUAAAUACUUUUAUGAAAAAGGCUUUUGC